UUCACCAGCCACAUGCGCAGGGGAGGAGGGCCCCCUACAGGUGGCCCCAUGGAACUGCUGUUCGCUCUGCCCUCUCUCCAGGGAGGGCUGGUGUUUCCCCAGAGCCUCCUCCAGGGCUAGGAAGAUGCUACAGUGCCUGACUUCGGAAGGCGAGGAAGAAGAGGACGAGAGGGAGGGGAGUUCCAUAGAAGAUCUAGAAGAGCUAAACGAAAGUGUCACCCUGGAUUUGCUCAGAGACAACACACACAAGAGGCUUCAGAACGCCCAGCAGCAAGGCAAGAAGAGGAAGAAAAAAAAAUGAUUGGUGAUCAAUCUAUCCAACUGCCGGUAUGAGAGUGUGCGCAGGGCCGCCCAGCAGUAUGGCCUUCGAGAGGCAGGUGACAAUGACGACUGGACUCUCUUCUGGACCGACUACUCAGUGUCGCUAGAGCGCGUGAUGGAAAUGAAGAGUUACCAGAAAAUCAAUCAUUUUCCUGGGAUGAGUGAGAUCUGCCGCAAAGACUUGCUGGCCCGGAAUAUGAGCCGUAUGCUAAAGAUGUUUCCUAAGGACUUCCAUUUUUUCCCUAGGACCUGGUGUCUUCCUGCUGACUGGGGAGAUUUGCAGCAUUACAGCAGGACAAGAAAAAAUAAGACUUACAUUUGUAAGCCGGACUCAGGCUGCCAAGGGAGAGGCAUAUUCAUUACCAGGACGGUGAGAGAUAUCAAGCCAGGGGAGGAUAUGAUCUGUCAGCUUUAUAUCUCAAAGCCCUUCAUCAUCGACGGGUUCAAGUUUGACCUGCGGGUUUAUGUGCUGGUGACCUCCUGUGACCCUCUCAGGGUUUUUGUGUACAAGGAAGGACUGGCUCGCUUUGCCACCACCUUUUACUCCUAUCCCUGCACAGGCAACCUGGAUGAGAUCUGCAUGCACCUGACUAAUUAUUCCAUCAAUAAGCACAGCUCCAACUUCAUUCAAGAUAACUCUGCUGGCAGCAAGAGGAAACUCUCCACCUUCAACUCGUACAUGAUAAACCACGGCUACGACGUGGAGCAGAUCUGGAGAGCCAUAGAGGACGUCAUCAUCAAGACCCUCAUCUCGGCUCACCCAGUCAUCAAGCACAACUACCACACCUGCUUCCCCAGCCACACGCUCAACAGCGCCUGCUUUGAAAUCCUGGGCUUUGACAUCUUGUUGGACCAGAAACUCAAACCCUGGCUGCUGGAGGUCAACCAUUCUCCCAGCUUCUCCACUGACUCCAAGCUAGAUAAAGAGGUGAAAGACAGCCUGCUCUACGACGCACUGGUUCUCAUCAACCUGGGGAGCUGUGACAAAAAGAAAGUCUUACAGGAAGAGAGACAGCGGGGACGGUUCCUGCAGCAGUGUCCUUCCCGGGAGAUCAGGAUGGAGGAAGUGAAGGGUUUCCAGGCCGCAAGGUUGCAGAAAACGGAGGAAUACGAGAAGAAAAACUGUGGCGGGUUCCGACUCAUCUACCCUGGUCUGAACUUGGAGAAAUACGAGAAGUUUUUCCAGGACAACAGCUCCCUCUUCCAGAAAACCAUCGCAUCCAGAGCCCGGGAGUUGUAUGCCCGGCAGCUGAUCCAGGAGCUGAGGCAGAAACAGGAGAAAAAAUCCUUCCUAAAGACGGAGAAGAAAGCAGAGAUGCAGGGUGAGAGUGUGGGCGAGCAGGCAAGAGACAAGGUCGUGAGGUUCCGGCAACGGCAACAGCAACAGCAACAGCAACAGCAGGAGCGCAAGGCGGCCACCUGUCCCAUCAAACAAUCCUACCAUCCACUGGCUUUAGUCUCCUGCACAUCGGACAUGUUCUUGAAUAUCAAUGGCACAGGGAAAAACGAAACUGUCCGUAGCCUGUCCCAGAAAGGCUCCAAGGAGGCCAGCCCCGCUCCCUGCAAGCCCUUGUCCACGAGGCCCUACAAUUCCGUCCCUGACCUGAGGAGUUCAAACCUCAACUGCUUUGGGAUGGAGGCCCGGAAGUCCAAUCCCCAAGUCAAGGAAGUCAAAUCGGACUCUGUGGUGAACGUAGUCAACGGAGUCCCACCCUUAACACCCGCAGAAACUUACCGGCUCUCAACCUCUCUGGAAUCUCUGGCAAGCAUGAGCAUAACCAGCAGCGCCGACUGCAGCAGCCCGGAGUGUGUCCAUAUGCUCUCCUUUAGGUGCAAGCAGCAAAAGGCCUCCCACAGGCUGAUGCAGGAGAAAAAACCCAGGCCUCCCAUCUGUUCCAAACCUAGGCACUUGGGCCCAAACUGGACCUUGCUAAAGAAUGAUAUGAAGAGGCAGUACCUGCUGUCAGACAUACUACAGAAUGUUCAGAUGAAGAAGAAACGCUCCUUGUUCCCUGCUCCCAAGUCACAAAACCUGUCCUUGUCCAGGGAGUGGUGCUCCCGCAUCCGAAGCUCUAACAAGAAGAAAGGGAUGGAUACAACCUCCGUUGUCUUCCUGCAUGGUUCUCACAACCAUGCUCAAUCUCUGAGUGACCUUCUGGUAGUCGCCACUCAGGCCCGUCUGGAUCCUCGGCCUACCAGAAGCCACUCAGGUACUACAAGGCAUCCGGACACACAGGACCUGAAGCACACAACCGCUGUCUGUCUCUGGUCAGAAAGGAUGUGAAAGGAGUCAGAAUCAGACUGGAUCUUUGCCACUUUUGCCUUCCUACCUCGGACUCCAGGAAAAGAUUUGUCUCCUCCUGCAGUGUCUACAGAGGCUACAUAAAUGGACCCGAAGUUUCAUUUCCUCACCUACAAAUAUGUUUCAUUGGCACCUCUGAGGACAGUGGCCUUCUGUCCCAGUUAGUUCGCAGUGCUGGGUGUGGGACCAGGACUUGUAGGGAUUGAGUGGCGCUUCCCUGCCUUGGCGCACCCCUGGGUCCCUCACACAAGGGCCACCGUCAUCCAGAGCACUCCCCCGAGGCUAAGCACCUUGAGGGAGGAGUGAGGGGAAGACUCAUGAUCUCCAGGAGUCCAGAGCCCUCAUUCCACCUGCAGGCCUGGGCUAGACCCCGUCCUCUUCUCUAAAGAAAAAGAAGGCAGAGUCAGGACUAAUUGUGGUGGAAUUCUCUAAUGAAAAGCGUCAGGAGAGUUGCAGAGGCACCAGCCAAAGAGAGAUCUUUUCCACCCCAGCCAGCCCGAAGACCUGCCACCUCAGCACCUGGACUGCCCUUUGCUGCUACUUCCCCUUCAGUCUUGCUGAUAAAGACUGACCUGCAGAAAUUAUAUGUCAUGUGUACA